GUGUACACUACUGUAUACAGUUUGCAAGAGAAAGAGGGAUGGCAUUUGGACAAAGAUAAAGAAACGGUUGCAAGUUACAGCAACCACCUUCAACAGGAAAUGAUGACUUCCUGUUGCUAAGCGAUAGCACUGCUCUCUCGUAUAGCCUCUCAUCCACUAGACACAGCAGACAACACACAGCCACACACACUCAGUCACACAGUCUCACCAAAGACGGGCAUUUGGCUGUUCGUCCACCUCAACCAUGAUGACAAGCCAGGAUGGAUUCUCCAGAACAGGAGACGACCUACUACAACCUCCCGAUCAGACUCGUGGCUCAACUUGGAACAGACAGAGACAGAGCUCCCCUGCCCGUAAACUGGGGAUGACCAGGAAAGAGAAGGACACGAGGGACUUUAAAGAGAAUGAGAACCCAGAAGAGAAUGAGAAAAGACAUAAGGAGCAAGAGCUCAAGUCGCUGUAUAAAGAGCUGCUGUACACUAUCACCCACAAGCUGGGGAAGCCAGCCUCGGCAGAGGUCUUCACUGACAACCAGCUGCACCAAUACAUCAGAGAGGCUUUCUCUAUGGCAGUGGAUGAACACCAGAGUCUGACAGAGAGGGUCCAGAACACAGAGCCUCCAGUCUAUUGUCUGAUGGCCACUGUGAAGGAAGCCAAGGGCAUCCUGGGAAAAGACGUCAGUGGUUUCAGUGACCCAUACUGCUUACUGACCAUCCUGGAGGAUGAGAAGGAGAGCAGGACACGGCGGUCCAGACCUAAACCCCGUAAAGCCGUGGUGCAGGACGCUGUCUCGGACGAGAAGGUUUACACGACAGACACAAAGAAACAGACCCUCAACCCCAUCUGGAACCAGACCUUUGUACUGGAGUUUGAAGACACUACAGUGGCCAGCUUCCACAUUGAGAUGUGGGACAAGGAUGAGGAGUUGUCUCUGGCACAGAAGCUAGAGGAGAUCCGAACCAAUUUCCAUGGACUGAGGAGGAUGAUCAAAGAUGCUAAGAAGGAGAAAGGCCAGGAUGAUUACUUGGGAAGCAUUGUGCUGAGACUGAAGGACCUGCAUUGUACAGAGGAUAACUGGUAUGUUCUGGAGCCAAGGACAGAGACUUAUCCAGAUCGGGGCCAGUGUCAUCUGCAGCUCAAAUUCAUCCAUAAAGAGAGAGACGGGACAUUGAGUGCUGGUCGUAGUGCUUACGUCAGCUACUGUGGGAUCCUACUGCAGUUUGUCCAGUCACACAUCUCUCAGCAGCAGGGUAGUGUUCCAUGGAAAGGGGAGUUGUGUGGGGAGGGACAGACCCUGUUGGAACUCUACGCCACUCAGAAUAACCUCUCACCUUUCCUGCAGGACCUGGCGAAGUGGAUGGCCUACAGUAAACUAUACCAGAGUUUAGAGGUGGACUCCUCAGUGCUGCUCCAGCAGCUGACCAGUAUAGAGUACCACUGGCACCAGCAGGAGCUGCCCUACCAACAGAAACAGGAGCUAGGGGACUCUCUCCGUGGUUUCCUGCAGUACGGACUGUGUCUCGUGGCCAAAUACAGAGACACAUUUCCCCCAACGCAGGACGCUACCCCUCGCUUACACACACUGCUCAGGAUCCUGUCUCAGGUCUGUAAGACACAGGCAUUUCAGAAGCUGAACGCAGCUCAGUUUGACCUACAUGACGAGAUCAACGAGGCUGUGCAUUCUGGUACACAGGAGUGGUUCACCAUAAAGAAAGGGUUACACCAGCCCAUGACCAAGGACCUGACAGAGACCGUGAGUGCUCUCUCUAGGCUGAUAGGUGAAGUACAGCAGGACAUCAAGCACAACAAGGACAGCUGGAAUAGAGUGUUUGUCAGUGCUGUGCAGGUGGAUGUGUUCACUGUAGUCUACCAAAAGCUGGACUUCCUGCUGGCGGGGGAGGUGAGAGACACUCUAAGCCUGUUGGAGGGUGAGAUGGAACAGAAUCUAGCCAAUAGCCUGUUCCCUCUCUACCUAAGUCUACAGGUCAUCCACAAAGACAAGGCCUUCCUACAGAAAAGGGGUAAACUGUUGGAGCUGACUAACUUCCAUGAGGGCUUCCGUGAGGCGCUUCCCUAUUGGUUGAAAAAGGCCUUCCGCACCACUCAGGACAGGGUGGAGAGAGCUGUACAGGUGGACCAGCUCCAGCCGCUGCAGCUGGGCCCGGUGCCCAUAAAACACAGCUCGUCAGCCGUAGACCUGGUGACCUGCGUCCAGCCCAUCUGUCAGCUGUGGGAGCAACUCUCCUGGCCAGACCCUGAGGAGGCCUUUAUGCUCAUGGUCAAACUCACUGAGGACGUGUGUAAGAUUGUGAUGAACUACUGUCGUAUCCUGAAGGAGCGCGUCAGGGAGCUGUCUGAGAACUCAGACCCCGGCAGCGCUGUCAACAUGCUGUGUGUAGUAGUGAAUGACUUGGAACACCUGAGGUCAGUGCUGAUCCGCCUGCCCCAGCAACUCAACUGGGCAGGGCUUCGAGAACGCACCCUUCACGUGAUAGGGGACCCUCAGUUCCACAACGUGCUCAACUCACAGCUGCAGCAUGCACAGGGGGUCCUCAACAAAGAGAUACGCUCUGCCUUAGAGACCGUUGGACGGAAGCUGAAUUCAGACAUUGCGAUGUACGUCCGCAGCAUGUCUACUCGAUGCAGAAUCCCCUCCAAGUCCACUGAAGAAGCUGUGGUUCCCCUGAUAAAAUAUCUGGAGAGAGAACUGCAGUACAUGAAUGAGAACCUAGUCCAAGAGAACUUCAACAGGUACAGUCUGUUGACUCCGUUGUGGACUAACUCCAUAAGGACCUUAUACCAGGUAGCUACACAGCAGAAGCAGGAGGAUGGACUCAUGGUGUUCUGUCAACGUCUGAAAUUCACACUCCAGUGUCUGGAGCAGUGUUUUCAUGCUGAGGGGAAUGGACUGCCACUGGAUACUCUUCACAUUGACAGCUACAAGAUUCUGAAAGCUCAUCUGACACACAACUCUCUCAACUGCCAGCAGCUCAUAGAGAAAUUCCUGGAUAGAAAAAUAUGGGAGCAGAAGGUUUACAGUGGAGAGAAGUACGGCGCGGUCACACUCCUAGCAUCCUACAGGAGGUCUGACCAUAGACUCAGAGUGGAAGUGUUGAAUGCAGCUAACCUCCUACCCAUGGACUCCAACGGUUCCAGUGAUCCGUUUGUCCAGUUGCGUCUGGAGCCUGGUCAUGUGUUUUCUGAGGUGGAGCCUCGCACCACCCAGAUCAAGAACUGUGACCUCAACCCCCUGUUCGACGAGGCCUUCGAGUUUCUGGUGUCAGUGGAGCAGUGCCAGGCUGCAGGGGCGUGUCUGGUGGUGACAGUGUUGGACUAUGACACCCUGACAACAGACGACUUCGAGGGGGAGGCCUUCCUGGCUCUGAAGGCAGUGCCGGGGGUUGGAGGGGGAUCAGGGGAGAGACAGGGGCACCAGCCAGACCCCUCCCCGGCCCAGAUACGCCUGCCGCUCAUGCACCCCAAACCAAACGAUGACAGUAUCCUGAAGCUGUUGGAGUCGAGGAGAGGAGAGAGGGAGGCUCAGCUGUUUGUGAAGAAACGCAGACAGAGAGAGAAACAGUCACAGGAGGGGAAACAACAAUAACACACAGCUUCAUCCAAAAAUAUACAUUUGUUUUAUUUUUCUAUACCAAAACACACAAAAUUAAACACUGUUGGUGGAUGCAGUAGGACAAGGUGUGAACUUUGUGCCAGGUCUAUGUAUAGUAGUGAUCAUGUCUUUUCACUGGUUAUCAACACACCCCUGCUGUUUCCAAAGCCUGACACCUGGUGUAGUCAGUGCAUGUAUGACAUACAACAACUAUGUAUAUUUGACACGAGUUUGACAUACUGUGAAAUAUCUAAAUGCUUACAAAUGUCAAUUAUGCCCCAAAAACAUUAUACAUAGAUUUUUAUUAAAAAAGGCUGGCAUUUGA